UUCCUCUCCCGCGUGACACCCUGGGAGGACGCGCUGGUUGUCAGCGCCGCAUCCGGGAGCCGCUUCCGCAUCGGUGGAGCUGCCCCAUAGGGCCGCGCCGGGCAUGGACCAUGGAGUCGCUCCUGGCUGACGUGGUCGCGGCGCUCGCUGCCUUGGCGGCCGCAGCCCUGAGCCUGAUUACUAUUGUUGCCCAUGUAACUGCCACCAAAAUGCCAAAUUUUCAUCGCCAUGAAGAAGAGAAGUUCUUUGUAAAUGCUGAAGGGAAGAAGGAAUCUAUACCAAGCAUACAUGACCCUCCUACAAAGGAGCUCUCUGUUGUUGUGCCUUCAUACAAUGAGGAAGACAGGUUGCCUCUUAUGAUGGAUGAAGCUUUAGACUAUCUUGAAAAAAGACAGAAACGAGAUCCUGCGUUCACUUAUGAAGUAAUAGUUGUUGAUGAUGGCAGUAAAGAUCAGACCGCAAAGGUUGCAAUGAAGUACUGCAAGAAAUAUGGAAGUGACAAAGUACGAGUCCUAACAUUGGUAAAAAAUCGGGGAAAAGGUGGAGCUGUCAGAAUGGGUGUCUUCAGCUGUCGAGGGGGAAAAAUCCUUAUGGCUGAUGCAGAUGGAGCCACAACGUUUGCAGAUAUUGAAAAAGUAGAAGAGGGUCUUAGAAAUCUCCAGCCAUGGCCAAACCAGAUGGCUAUUGCCUGUGGCUCUCGAGCCCAUUUGGAACAGGACUCAAUAGCACAGCGCUCUUACUUCCGAACUCUUCUCAUGUAUGGGUUCCACUUCCUAGUAUGGUUCCUCUGUGUCAAGGAAAUCAGGGACACACAAUGUGGGUUUAAACUGUUAACCAGAGAAGCGGCCUCACGGACUUUCUCAGCUCUUCAUAUAGAACGCUGGGCAUUUGAUGUGGAACUUCUUUACAUAGCUCAGCGCUUGAAAAUACCAAUAGCAGAGGUUGCUGUCAACUGGACUGAAAUUGAUGGUUCGAAGCUGGUUCCCUUUUGGAGCUGGCUGCAGAUGGGCAGAGAUCUUCUUUUUAUACGACUGAGAUAUUUGACUGGUGCCUGGCGUCUCGAAACAAGCAAAUCUAAUUAGGUUAUUUACAUUCUCCAAAUGCAUUAUUACACAUAAUGGAGCAUGAGAACUAUUUCAGUGAACUAAAAUGUUGAAGAAAGAUGAGGUAACUCUUCAUUGCUGCUGUUACGUACUGCAUUUUUGCAAUAUACGUAUAUUUUAUAAAAUUGCCAAUAGUCAAAUGUUUCUAUAAUCUGAAAGAAAAAGCAUCUUUAAAAGACAUACGUUUUGAUCCCAGCAUCUGUUUUUUCUUUUGUUCUGUAGCAGCUUUAAAGGUUCUUGCAUAAAUUCACCCAGAUUAAAUAAACAAAUCUGCUUUUGUCUCACUGUGCACUUGGAAUUCCCGUUGAUGCACAUUAAAUGGAGCCCAUAUCCCAUGAUGUGCAAUAUUGUGGAUGACCAAAGCUCUUUUUGUUUCUGUGUAUUGGAUUGUGAUUUGGAACUGGUAAUAGUGGUAUUAAAUUACUUGUAUGUAUUUAGGCUAUUAUUUUAAAUCUUUAAAUGGUAUAGCUGGUAUUAAUGGAUUUUACUGUGUUCUACAACUAAUGUGCUGUUUUCCUGAGAACUCUUUCAGUAAUCUCAUAACAUUCCAAUUGUAAUCUGUUUUGACCUGCAGUUUAUAACACUUAAGUCUGAGAUUUGACUUCAUAUUCACUCCCCAUGGACCAUAAAAUUUCCAAAAGAAAGUACAUUUAAUUUUAAAAUGCUGUCUUUUACAAUUAGAUACAAUCUGUCGUGUGUGUUAAGUAUGUUUGGUUUUAAGCUGUGAAGCUCAUGAGCUUUCAGCUUUAAGGGCUGGGCUUUCUAUUGAUAAAGUAUCUCAACCUAUCAUGCAGCAUAACUUUAAAAUGGCAAUGUCAAAAAUACUCAUUUCCGAUUGCCAAACAAGUAAACCAGUUUCCUGAAGCUACUGUAAAGGGUAAUACGUUUCCCACUUUGGGAAGAAGUUGUUCCCAGGAGCUUGUUUAAAGCAAAGAAAAUGGAGUGUACAACCAGUUGUACCUUCAGAUAUGUUACAUUGGAAUCUGUCUUUUCUCAGUUUACAAGUUGUUAUACACUUCUAGGAUUUGGUUCCUUUUAGAGUUACCUCAGUUUUAUGGAGGAUGAAGUACUGAAAUAAAUUCUCAAUGAACAU